AAUCUGCCUAGUGAUGUGUAAAGCACAGGAUGCCCAACAGCAUCGGGAAAAGGUUUAAACCCACGAAAUACAUCCCGGUCUCCACCGCCGCCGCUUUGCUCGUCGGAUCCACCACUUUGUUCUUCGUCUUCACGUGCCCCUGGUUAACAAGAGCCGUCUCCCCAGCCAUCCCUCUGUACAAUGGGCUCGUUUUUCUUUUUGUCCUCGCAAACUUCAGCAUGGCGACCUUCAUGGACCCAGGAGUUUUUCCACGAGCAGAUGAAGAUGAGGAUAAAGAUGACGAUUUCCGAGCUCCGCUGUACAAGAACGUGGAGAUCAAAGGGAUCCAAGUACGGAUGAAAUGGUGUGCCACUUGUCACUUCUAUCGCCCUCCCCGUUGCUCCCAUUGCAGCGUUUGUGACAACUGUGUGGAGGAUUUUGACCAUCAUUGCCCUUGGGUUAAUAACUGCAUAGGACGGAGGAACUACCGAUAUUUUUUCCUCUUCUUGCUGUCCUUAAGCGCCCACAUGGUUGGAGUGUUCACUUUUGGACUCAUCUUCGUUUUAAACCACGCGGAAAAACUGGGGGCAGUGCACACAGCCGUUACGAUGGCUGUCAUGUGUGUGGCUGGGUUGUUCUUUAUUCCAGUCAUUGGCCUCACAGGCUUCCAUAUUGUCCUAGUGGCACGAGGACGCACAACCAACGAACAGGUGACAGGUAAAUUCCGAGGAGGAGUGAAUCCUUUCACUCGAGGAUGCUGUGGUAAUGUGGAACAUGUUCUCUGCAGCCCUCUGGCACCCAGAUACAUUGUUGACCCAAAGAAGAAACAGCCAGUAAGCGUGAAACCACCCUUUCUGAGACCAGAUUUAACUGAGCGGCAGAUCACAGUCAAGAUCAGUGACAACGGCAUUCAAGCCAACCUCAACCGGAGCAAGUCUAAAGUUAGCCUGGAAGGGUUGGAAGACAAAAGCCUGGAUAUCCAGCCACCUCUACCACCCAAAGGAGAUUCCAGCAAAUAUAGUGAACUGGGGAGCAGUGAAGAGAGCAGCCUUUCGCCCAAACUGAUCAGCCCUCCCACACCGGCAAUGUAUAAGUAUCGCCCAGCUUUCAGUAACAAUCCUAAAGUACACUAUCAUGGAGCAUCUGAACAGAUCUCCAUACAGGAUGGCCACAAGCAAGCAGCCGUCAUGGAGGAGAACGACAGCAGCCUCGAUUACCAGUCAGAACCGAGCGUCGAUAUCCCCAGCUAUCGGAAGAGCUCCCUCCACAAGACCUACCAGUCUUCUCCACUCCAGAUAGACUCCUUUGCUGUCAAUUCGAGGUCUUUGAGCCUAAAAUCCGCCAGCCGGCGAGGGUUAGACAAAAUGCCCCUCCAUCCCCUGAAGUCAGAAGGGGCUGCCUCCACACCUUACAAGAGCAUCUUUUCCCCCAACUCUUUGUCGAACAGGAACGGAAGUUUGUCUUAUGACAGUUUGCUCAACCCCAUGUCCCCCUCAGGGAGGAGGUGCAUAGCUCAUUCCGCUGUGGGCUCCAUUGGGUACCACUCGCCAUAUUUGUCUGCCAAAAUGUGCCACCUGCGAGGCAGAGAGCUUCAGCGCCCACCCCCACAGAGCUUCAGCCCCGUGCUGGGCAGCCCGGCUUCACACCCACGUGACCCCUCACCGGUCCGCUAUGACAACCUGUCGAAAACCAUUAUGGCAUCCAUUCAGGAGAGGAAGGAAAUGGAGGAGAGGGAAAAACUCCUCCUCUCUCACCCAGACUCUGUGUUUGCAGACUCUGGUGUGUACGACACCCCUAGUUCUUACAGCCUUCAGCAAGUCAGCAUGCUGUCGGAAGACCCUCGGAGCAUCGUCUUGAGAUACGGCUCUAGAGACAACCUGAUGGCCGCAAGCAGUUUUAGCGCAAGGAACCCUGUCCUGCAGGCCUCGGUUACUUCCCUCUCCAGCGCCAUGACCAGAACAUCAAGGACUUCCACUCCUUCCCUUCAAGCUGACUUAGCCAAUAACAAUGUCCAAGCCCACCAAGCAUUGCAGGGCAGGAUGAGCAAUGGCUCCUUCAAGUCUCCUGGCCAUCAAGUCCCAUCAUCCCCCGGUGGGAUACCUAGGUCACCUUCGUAUGGCCCAAAAGCGGUCUCUUUUGUUAACGCUGUGGAAAUAACAGAGGCACAACCUAUGGGGACUCCAAGGGAGGACAUCCAGUUGAAGACACCUCACAGUAAAAUUAACGGACAGCCAAAAGGAAUUUCAAGGGUAGAGUGUCGACUAGGAUCAACGCCAAGCCUCCAGGGCCCCCCAGUCAGUCCUGCUAGGCACUCAAACGUUAAGAAAGUGUCUGGAGUGGGUGGAACGACCUACGAAAUUUCAGUAUAAAAAAGAAAUUCGUGAAACAAACAGCCAUCCACAAAACCAGCCGUGAAGCUAGGUGCACUGUGAAAACUCAGAUAAUAAUGCCAACAACAAGAAGUGGAGGAGGAGCAGCUGAUGGAGUCGUUUCUGUUUCGUUUCAUGGGGGUUGGUUGGUUUUUGUUUUUAAAUUUAAAAAAAAAACUUUCUUCAUUCUUUUCUUUUUAAAAAAACCAUUUUUUGGCCAAAAACCAGCUGCAGCCUUAUUUGUGAAGAAAUAAAACUUUGUACAGCUCAUUAUCUCCAAAAGGAAGUUGGGAACCAGCUGGACCAGUUGACAGAUGUGCGGCACCACGAGUCAGAGAUUACUCUUGUUUUUGCGGAAGAGAAUGGGAAAAGCCAUUGUGCGUUUGUCUGUCCAUCAAAUCCUGUCAUGUAGAUGUCGUACUGUGAUCUUAAAAAAACAGUUUGAUCAGGCUCAGUGGUUCUCCCCGUCCUGUCCUCUAAGUUUGAUGGCAAACGAUGUGAUAGAAUGACAGAGUUAAUUAGCUUAUUUUUUUUUCAUUCUAUAAAUUAUGAAUACUAGAUUUCUUGGAAGAGGUUGCUGUUCCCCAAGGCACCAAAUAACUAUGGCUGCCCAUUCAUUUUGCAGGAGGAAACAGAUUCACGUGGGCGGCCACAUGAAUAUAAGAAGAGCCCUGAUGAUCAGACCAAGCAUCUGUCUAGACCAGCAUCCUGUUUCCCCACAGUGGCUGGCCAGAUGUUUUUUUUUAAAAAACCACAAGUAGGGCAUGAACACAACAGUCCUCUUCUACAGUUGACCCCAGCAACCAGUAUCUGGAGGUAUAUUGCCCCUGAACAUGGAAAUCCCAUGUAGCCAUUUAUGGAUAAGUCUUUGAUAGAUCUCUCUUCCACAGUUGUCUAAAACACUUUUAAAACUAUCUGUUAGAGGACAUCAUGCUAUCCUUGUGGUGGUGAAUUCCACAAAUUAAUCAUGCAUUAUAGGAAGCAGUGAUUUCUUUUUUCUGUCCUAAAUCUGCUCCCCAUGAAUUCCCCAACUUUCAGUAUUAUGAAAGUAGAAAAUUUGUCUCUGUCCACUUUCUUUGCUCCACACUGGAAGGUAUGCCAAUCUGUUUCCUCCAUUGGAAUGAAUGGAGAAAGUUUGUGUGAACAAGGAAUUCUCAUACAUGCGCACAAGCAUGGGUUUCUGCGCCAUUGUAGGCAAGAGCAGGGCUCAAGCAAAGUCAGUUGUGAUCUUCUUCAGCUGAAGGGGGCCAGUGGUCAUUUGACUAUCAUGCAGUCUGUUUUUUGUGAGUGUUUUCUGAGCAAGGGAAGGGGAGAAAGUGGUUUGGAGGUAUCCCGUUAUCCUUCACCCACUGUGUAUUAAAUCCUGUGUCCAUGUGAGUUUGUUAAUCAUGUCAAAAAACUGUCACACAAAGAAGCAACUUCCGUUCCUCCUUGGAUUAUUUUUUUUAAAAGCCUAUUCAGCUCAGAGAAAAGAAACCCCCAAAUAUUCAACUGA